GGUCACUCGCUCGGUUUAACCCUCCUCUCUCUCUCUCACCCUCUCUCUUGUCAACGUGUUGAAGAUUAGCUGCCAGCGUCUCUCUUCUUUCCCGGCAAACAAGUUGAAAGUUCUCGGAAGCAACAAAGCAACCGGGCCAUGGCCUUCCUCGGGCGUGCGGUUGAGCGCCUGGCGUCAGCAGCAGCAGUGUCAGCACGCCGCCCGCUCGCCGCCCGGCCGUGGCGUGUCAGUUGUGUGAGCUACAGCUCUGAGCUGAGCAGUGAGAAGAGCGUCCCUUACGAGAAGACACUGAAGCAGGACCCUGGCAGUGUGUCGGGGCCCACUAGACCCUUACCUAGGAGUGCCCACGUGGUGGUGAUCGGAGGAGGCAGCCUGGGCUGUCAGACCCUCUACCACCUCGCCAAGAUGGGCCUGACCAACGUGGUCCUGCUGGAGAGAGACCGUCUGACCGCUGGGACCACCUGGCACACUGCAGGCCUCCUAUGGCAGCUGCGUCCCAGCGACGUGGAGGUGGAGCUCCUGGCCCACACCAGGAAGGUGGUGAGCCAAGACCUGGAGGAGGAGACGGGCCUCCACACGGGCUGGAUCCAGAACGGAGGACUGUUCAUCGCCUCCAACAAGCAGAGACUGGACGAGUACAAGCGCCUCAUGUCGCUGGGCAAAGUCUACGGCAUCCAGUCCCACGUGCUGUCACCCGCCCAGACCAAGGACCUCUACCCUCUGAUGAACGUGGAUGACCUCUACGGGACCCUCUACGUGCCCAAAGAUGGCACCAUGGACCCGGCGGGCACCUGCACCACCCUGAGCAGAGCAGCUUCUGCCAGGGGGGCCACGGUGAUAGAGAACUGCCCUGUGACCGGCAUUCAAGUGCGGGCGGACCACAUGGGGGUGAAGAGGGUGAAGGCAGUGGAGACCCCGCACGGCACCAUAGAGACCCCCUGUGUGGUCAACUGUGCAGGCGUGUGGGCCACCAAACUGGGGGACAUGGCCGGCGUGAAGGUGCCCCUGGUCGCCAUGCACCACGCCUACGUGGUGACCGAGAGAAUCCAAGGCAUUCAGAACAUGCCCAAUGUGAGGGACCAUGAUGCAUCAGUGUAUCUACGUCUCCAAGGCGACGCCCUCUCCGUGGGAGGUUACGAACACAACCCGAUCUUCUGGGACGAGGUUUCUGAUAAGUUUGCCUUCAGCCUGUUCGACUUGGACUGGGACGUUUUCACGCAGCACAUCGAGGGCGCCAUCAACAGAGUUCCGGUUCUGGAGCAGACCGGGAUCAAAUCCACGGUCUGUGGACCAGAAUCCUUCACAGCGGACCACAAGCCUCUGAUGGGAGAGGCUCCUGAGGUCCGAGGUUUCUUCUUGGGAUGUGGAUUCAACAGUGCCGGUAUGAUGCUGGGCGGGGGUUGCGGUCGAGAACUGGCUCACUGGAUCAUCCAUGGACGUCCUGAGAAGGACAUGUAUGGAUAUGACAUCAGGCGCUUCCACAACUCUCUGACAGACAACCACCGUUGGAUCCGAGAGCGAAGCCAUGAGUCGUACGCCAAGAACUACUCCGUGGUUUUCCCCUUCGAUGAACCGCUGGCCAGCAGGAACAUGAGGAAGGAUCCUUUUCACCAGGUGCUGAUGGAGCAGGGCUGCGUCUUCCAGGAGAGACACGGCUGGGAGAGACCGGGCUGGUUCACCAGGGAUGGACCCGCUCAGGUGAAAGACUACGAUUAUUACGGUGCGUACGAGGUGAAGAAGAACCAGGAGUACAAGUACAAGGAGCUGCUGGGCAAAGAGUACACCUUUGACUUCCCUCCUCAUCAUGACCUGAUUAAGAGUGAGUGCCUGUCGUGCAGACACGGUGUGGCCGUCUUCAACAUGUCCUACUUUGGAAAGUUCUAUCUCACCGGCCCUGACGCCAAGAAGGCGUCCGACUGGCUCUUUACUGCCGACGUCAACAAGAAGCCUGGCUCCACCGUGUACACCUGCAUGCUGAAUAAAGGUGGAGGCACUGAAGCUGACCUGACUGUGAGCAGACUGGAGGCAGGAGAUGCCAACCUUCCACUGGCACCCCAGUCCACUGGUGACGCCUACUACCUGGCCAUCGGAGGGGGCGUGGCCCAACACAACUGGAACCACAUCCAAGGUGUUCUCCAGGACCAGGGCUUCCGCUGCCAGCUGACAGACCACUCAGAGAACAUGGGCAUGAUCAGCAUCCAGGGGCCCAAGAGUCGGCAGCUGCUGCAGGAGGUGCUGGACGCCGACCUCAGCGAUCAAGCUUUUCCUUUCUCCACACACAAAGUCGUCAACGCCGCCGGCCAUCAGGUACGUGCCAUGCGCCUGUCCUUUGUGGGGGAGCUGGGCUGGGAGCUCCACAUCCCCAAAGACUCCUGCCUGCCCGUCUACCACGCCGUCAUGGCGGCGGGCGCCAAGCACGGCGUCAUCAACUCAGGCUACAGAGCCAUCGACUCUCUGAGUAUCGAGAAAGGGUACCGCCAUUGGCACGCCGACCUUCGCCCCGAUGACACGCCCCUGGAGGCGGGGCUAGCCUUCACCUGCAAGAUGAAGAGCGCCAUCCCCUUCCAAGGUCGAGAUCGACUGGAGAAGCAGAAGGAGGCGGGGCUAAAGAGACGCAUCGUGUCCUUCACCAUCGACGAGAAAGUUCCCAUGUUUGGCUUGGAGGCCAUCUUCCGCAACGGCCUUCCUGUGGGUCACCUGCGGCGUGCUGACUACGGCUUCUUCAUCGACAAGACCAUCGGCUACGGAUACAUCCGCUGUCCUGAUGGCGGCGUGGUGAGCGCUGACUUCGUGAAGAGCGGCGAGUUCACGCUGGAGCGGAUGGGCGUGGCCUACAAGGCCGAAGCCCACCUCAGAUCCACCUUUGACCCCGAGAACAAGCGCGUGAAAGGCGUGUACGACUGACCUCGUCUGACCUCUUCUGACCUCGUCUGACCUCUUCUGACCUCUUCUGACCUCGUCUGACUUUUUGUAGCAAGGAUCUGAAGGAUCAAACGUCACAUUUUGAUGUGUUAGCAAGUCAAGGUCAUUGGUUUGACCUUUCCUGGCUCAAUCUGCUACUUUCUAAGGAAAUAGCCCUUAGCUUAGCGGCUAACCUGGAGCUAGCUUCCAUUAGCAGUGAAUGCUAAUAUUUAAGCUCAAACAAUCUCUAUUGUACUUUUUUUUUCUGCCAAUAAGGUUAUUAAUUUAUUCUUGGAGUCUUAAAAUCAAAUCAUGCCAAUUUUUUCAUAUUUUUCACUCAAUCUGCUAUUUUCAAGGAACUAGCCGCUAGCUUAGCAUCUAACCUGGACCUUAUUAUUCUGCAGCUGUCAAUGCUAAUAUUUGAGCUCAAAGGAUCUAUAUUAUAGUUGUAUAGUAUAUUUCUUUUGGCUAUAAGGUUAUUAAUGUUGUGUGUCGGGGUGAAUAAAGUCUAUUUUACUGUUAAAAAAUGCAAAUAAAGAGCCAUUGUGUAAUUCAAUAAGGUUCGUUAGCUGUUAUUGCUAACGUUUUAGCCAUACAUUUACUGUUUUAUUCUGGAAUAAAAUUCCAAUAAAGGUAAUUGUUUUGUGUCCUGGCACCGCUUACAUUUAAUUCAACUUUUUUUUUACUAUUGAAAAACUAAUACAUGCAAUUAAAACACCAUCAUGAUUCAUAGAGGCUAUUUAGCUGCUAAUGCUAAUAUUUUAGCUUCAAGAAUUGUACUCUUGUUUGUUUAUUUUUUAUUUUUCCCUCCAUAAAAAG